AUGGCUCAUCACCGCUCCCUUAACCAGAGCAUGUUCAGCGAUCUAGUGGAAGGCGCCCAAGUCGACAAACAUGAUCUGAACGCUCUCGUGUUGGACUAUCUCUUGAUAGAAGGCUUCUCUGACGCAGCAGUCGAGUUUGCCCGCGAGACGGGUCUGCCUGUCGAUGUCGAUCAUGACCUUGUCAAUGAACGGCUUCGUAUACGGCAAGCCGUGGAAGACGGGCGGGUACAGGAAGCUGUGCUGCGUACCAACGAGCUAGAUCCAGAGAUUCUAGACAACAAUGCGCCUCUUCUUUUCCACCUUCAGCUUUUACGUUUGGUCGAGCUCAUACGGUUUGACAAUCUCGAUGCCGCCCUCGAGUUUGCCACGCACGAGCUCGCCCCCCGCGGUGCCCAAAACCCCGAGUUUCUCUCCGACCUCGAGCGUGCUAUGGCCCUCCUCGCUUUCCCCGACCUCGCUCGAUACGCCGACGACUCGUCCCCCUCUGACAAGAAGCCCGCUCUAGCCCCAGACACUGCCACCCUAUUCGAAGAAGCAGCCUUUGACCCCAUCAAGGGUCUGAUGAAGAAGGCGCACAGAGUCCACGUCGCCCGAGAGCUCAACAUGGCCAUCUUGGAGAAUCAGGGGUAUGGGACGGAUACCAAGUUGAGUGGGCUUAUUAGGCUUAUGGCAUGGGGCGAGCAAAAACUGGUGGAAAGUUCGGGUGUGCCUAUACCUGAGGCUGAGCAGCAUAAGGGUCGGGCGUGGGCUGAUGCGGUGUUGGGUGAUGGCUUGGAGUGUUGA